AGUCUCGGAGUGAAAAGAGUAGAGGAGCCCCGUCAUAGUUUGGCUAUUCAUGGACUUGUUUAUGUUGGCAGGAACAGAUGAGAUACUCCGUCAGUGUCUCUGUGUGCCCUCUCGGACUGCACUGCAUCUGAGCCACAGGGCUUCUCGAGCACACCUCAGGGAAUAAGGCAGAGAUGGAGGAUUUCUGGGCAGGGGCCCUCUGGGCGCUGAAGAUCUGGCUGUACCUCAUUAUCAGCUUCAUCAUGAUCCCAGCCAUGUUUGGCUUCUCGCUGGGCAUCUCUGAGACCUACAUGACCAUCCUGGUCAAAACCUUAGAGUGGGCCACUCUGAAGAUGCAGAAGGUAUGCACAGAUGAGCGAACACUCAAAGCCUCUGCAUCUAAUGGUCUCAUCCAGAGGGAAGAUGGCUCUAUGGAGAAAGAGCUGGAGGAACUCAGACGCAGUCGCCCCAAACCACCAGUCGGCGGCGAUUUUACACUUAGUGACUGUUUCUAUUUCACCCGACGAGGAAUUGAGAACAUUGUGGAGGAUGAGGUGACGCAGCGAUUCAGUUCAGAGGAGCUGGUGUCCUGGAAUUUGCUGACCCGCACCAACAAUGAUUUCCAGUACAUCAGUCUGAAGCUGACGCUGGUCUACGGCCUCGGUAUCUUUGUGAGAUACUGCAUCCUUGCCCCUCUCAGGAUAACACUGGCCUGCAUUGGCCUCACCUGGUUGGUCAUAGGAACAUCUGCAGUUGGAUUACUUCCAAACUGGAGGAUUAAGUUCUGGCUCAGUGAGUGGGUCCAUGUGAUGUGCUACAGGAUCUGUGCUCGAGGGCUCUCCGCCACCAUCCGCUAUCACAACAGGGAAAAUAAACCCAAAAAAGGAGGAAUCUGUGUCGCCAAUCACACCUCUCCCAUCGACAUUGUGAUUCUCUGCAAUGACGGAUGUUACGCUAUGGUGGGUCAGGUACAUGGAGGUUUGAUGGGAGUCCUCCAGAAAGCCAUGGUGAGGUCCUGUCCUCAUGUCUGGUUUGAGAGAGCAGAGAUGAAAGAUCGCCACCUAGUGACCAAAAGGUUGAAGGAUCAUGUGAAUGACAAGACAAAGCUUCCCAUAUUGAUAUUUCCAGAGGGAACCUGCAUCAACAACACAUCUGUCAUGAUGUUUAAGAAGGGAAGUUUUGAAAUUGGAGCAACAAUAUACCCGGUAGCCAUGAAGUACGACCCAAAAUUUGGAGACGCUUUCUGGAACAGCUCCAAGUACAGCAUGGUCAGCUACCUGCUGAGGAUGAUGACCAGCUGGGCCCUCGUCUGUAAUGUCUGGUACCUGCCAGCCAUGCACCAGCGGGAGGGGGAAGAUGCAGUCCAGUUUGCAAACAGAGUGAAGUCGGCCAUCGCUCACCAGGGAGGGCUUUUAGAUCUACAGUGGGAUGGAGGCCUGAAGAGAGCAAAGGUGAAGGAGUCGUUGAAAGAGCAGCAACAGAAGCAGUACAGCAGCAUGGUGGUGGGAGACGACAGCAGCAGCAACAGCGACUGAGGUCCCGGACCGGUGCUUUGUAUAAAUCUCCGUUUUUGGAGACUUUACACUGGAUACAGGCCCCUUUCCUCUACUGUGUCCCCAUUAGACGAACCUGACAGGGAGUGCUGCCAAGUGGACUUAAACACACUGAAACCUUAGGUAGAGCUAAAAGGAGGAGAGUCUCAGUGAUUAGCAGAACACACAAGUGCAAUAUUGAACUUAAUGAGAAGCUGAGCUCUCUGUUUUUACUGCUGCUGAAGAUAACGUAGCUGCUGCUGUGAUCGUGAGAAAAUGCUCUUAAUGAAAUGUGAUCGCAGACAAGCCACUGGAUCCGUGAACGUCUCGACUCUCAGUCACUUGACUCAUUCAUGUGCCGUUCAUUGCAUUUUGUUUUUUUAAAUAAAUGUUGUUUACAA